GGUCGUUGAGAGAAACAGAGAGAGCAGAGAAUUUCUUUCCCCUGAUACGAACCGGGAUGAGGUCGUCAUCCGUUGGUAGCAGCUCAAGACGAUCAAAUUACAGUCGUGGGUUUGAUUUGCCAGAUGAUCAGGAUGAUCAAGAUGCGAGAGAAUCAACAAACGAGCGUGGUACCGUCGGGGGAGCAAUGCUGCCGGUCUUUCUAAAUGAUUUGAAGCACAACGACCAGCAUGAUUUUGUAGAAAUCACUUUGGAAAUCGAGGAUGAUUCAAUCGUUGUUUGUAGUGUUACUCCAACUUCUGAUAAUCGGAAGAGCCACUCUGUUUCAUCACGAAUACGCCGUAAGUUCCCGUGGCUUACAUCUCCUAAUUCCGUGUCCUUGCGAAGAGAUCACGAGGUUGAGGUUGAGCAGGAGAUAGUAGUACUACCGCCGCCUGAUAGAGGACUUGAUCGAACGACAUCCAGCGCACAGCGGGCAUUGAAAGGACUUCGGUUCAUUAGCAAGACCACCGGUACAUCGGAAGCCAAUGAUCUGUGGAAGAAAGUAGAGUUAAGGUUCCAGAAGCUGGCCAAACAAGGUUUUCUUUCUAGAGAGGAUUUCGGAGAAUGCAUUGGAAUGGUUGACUCGAAAGAGUUUGCGUUGGGGAUAUUUGACGCUCUGGCCAGAAGAAGAGGUGACCACAAACUGAGUAAGAUCACCAAAAACGAACUUCAACACUUCUGGUCACAAAUAUCAGACCAGAGUUUCGACGCUCGUCUUGGGAUCUUCUUUGACAUGGUAGAUCGUAAUGGAGAUAAGAAAAUAUCAAGGGAAGAAAUUCAAGAGCUUUUGAUUUUAAGUGCUUCUGCAAACAAAUUGAGUAAAUUAAAAGAGCAGGCAGAAGAAUAUGCUUCAUUAAUAAUGGAAGAGUUGAAUAUUGAUGGUACAGAUGAAAUUGAGAUAUGGCAGUUGGAAACACUUCUCCUGCAAAGGGAAAAUUACAUGAACUAUAGUAGACCCCUCAGCAGCACGUCAACCGUUGGCUGGAGUCAGAAUUUAGCCAAUAAAUUCUUCAUUAAAAAUGUAUUGCGGAGAAUGUGCUAUAGAAUGAAUUGCCUGAUAUUAGAAAACUGGCAAAUGGGUUGGAUCUUGCUGCUAUGGAUCAUAGUAAUGGCCGGACUCUUCACAUGGAAAUUCAUUCAGUACAAGGAAAAAGCAGCGUUUCAAAUUAUGGGUUAUUGUUUAACGACUGCAAAAGGUGCUGCCGAGACUCUCAAGUUGAACAUGGCUCUCAUCCUUCUUCCAGUUUGUCGCAAUACACUUACAUGGCUUCGGGCAACAAGAGCUAGACGAUUUAUACCUUUUGAUGACAACAUCAACUUUCAUAAGAUAAUUUCAUGUGCCUUAAUAAUUGGGAUUGUACUGCAUGCGGGGAACCAUUUGGUCUGUGACUUUCCUCGUUUAAUCAGAUCAAGUCCCGAAGAAUUUGCACGUGUAGCAUCGGAUUUCAAUAAUGUAAAGCCCACUUACAUAGGUAUUCUGACUAGUGUAGAAGGUGUCACAGGGAUCUCCAUGGUGAUUUUAAUGAUAAUUGCCUUCACAUUAGCAACAAGUCGGUUUAGAAGAAAUGAUGUGAAGCUACCUCCACCAUUAAAUAAGUUUACAGGAUUCAAUGCAUUCUGGUUUUCUCAUCAUCUCCUUGCACUAGUAUAUGUGCUGUUAUUAGUCCAUGGAACUUUCUUAUUCUUAGUCCACAAAUGGUAUCAGAAAACGACUUGGAUGUACAUCUCUGUUCCCCUUUUCCUCUAUAUAUCAGAGCGAAGUCUUAGAACAUGUCGGUCCGAAAAUUAUUCAGUUAGGAUCAUCAAGGUGUCGUCACUACCAGGAGAUGUCUUCAGUUUAACCAUGUCUAAACCGAAUGGGUUCAAGUUUCAAAGUGGGCAGUAUAUAUUUCUGCAAUGUCCAAAAAUAUCACCAUUUCAAUGGCACCCCUUUUCAAUAACUUCAGCACCAGGAGAUGAUGACCUUUGCAUCCACAUUCGGACUGUAGGAGAUUGGACUAAAGAAAUGAAACGAGUUUUCAUUGAUGAUAUUGGAUCAACGAGUGUAAUUGGGCGAGCCAAGUUUGGAGAACUUAACAAUAAUGUGGAUCACAAAGGCUUGCCUAGAUUACUAGUUGAUGGCCCCUAUGGUGCUCCAGCACAAGAGUAUAAAAAUUAUGAUGUCUUACUAAUGGUGGGGCUUGGAAUUGGAGCAACGCCUUUUAUAAGCAUACUUAAAGAUCUAAUAAGCAACACAAGUGUUCAAGAUCAUCAUCAGGAUUUGUUCACGGAAUCAAGUAACACAGAUGAUAGUCUGACCAGUUCUGGUUCCUCGAGUUUGGAAUCUAGCAGAAAAAGAAAGCAGACAAGGAUUAGUCGAGCACAUUUUUAUUGGGUCACUAGGGAAGCCGGAUCUUUUGAAUGGUUCAAAGGAGUAAUGGACGAAGUCGCAGAAAUGGAUCAAAAGGGUCAAAUUGAGAUGCAUAACUACCUUACAAGUGUAUACGAGGAGGGUGAUGCAAGGUCAACCCUUAUCACCAUGGUGCAAGCUCUUAGUCAUGCCAAACAUGGUGUUGACAUUUUAUCUGGCACCAGAGCAAGAACACAUUUUGCAAGACCCAAAUGGCCUGAAGUUUUCAAGAAAAUUGCUUCAAAACAUCCUUGUGCUACAAUUGGAGUUUUCUAUUGUGGGACUCCAGUGUUGGCAAAGGAGCUAAAGAAGCUAUCACAUGAAUUUACCCACAAGACUACAACACGGUUUGAGUUUCAUAAAGAGUACUUCUAAAGUAAUAAUUUAAAAACUUCAUGAAUGUAUAACAUCUUUACCUUUUUACAUCUGUAAGCAACUUAUUCCAAUUGAAGGAAUAUAUAUAGAAAGAAAUGAAAUCUCCAUAUAUGUAAAUUGCGUAUUAUAUAUGCAGAUAUCCAAUUGUAUUGCCCGAGAGACCCACAACAUUUACCAUGUGCAAAUUUUUUUCUGCAUUAUUGCC